GCGAACCGGUCAGGGCGCUUUGGGAACAUUCCUCUUCCUUAGCCAGCUCACCAAUUUCAACUCGUACGUGACCCUCACUGCCACUCGUCACUAUCUGAGGAGCCUUUCCGCGGCUUUACUCUCGCCUUCCUUUCGAAAGUGGUGGCCCACAAACAGUGAUGUCACAGGAGCCGCUGUUGGAAUCUGUAAGCUGCAGCACCUGUACGAAAUUCCUGCGACUAAGAUGGCAGACAUGAAGUCCCGCCUACUGCCGGCCGCUUUACCCGAAGACUUCACUUGCGUGGCCAGGGGCUGUUCGAUGGCAGCAGAAUUUGGAAACACCUCCGCCUGGAUUCGAGCAGCGCUUGCAAAGGCGUCGUCAUCCCUGACGAGCGGCGCUUUCCGGCGCCUUCAAUUAGGCCUCGGCUGGUUGCAGGCAAACGACGAGCGCUGGCCUCGGUUGCGACUAUUGACAAAGUCUGAAUCUACGAAGGCGGGCAAAAGCUACCCUUCCUCGCCGGACUCGGAUAUCAACGAGUACAAGAAUGUAUGUGUCACACAGGGAUCCUUGAGGCCGUCUGGAAGCAGACUUGUGUGCAAGAUGUCCACGAACUUCGGAGACCCGCUCUUGAUUCUUCAACCGCUCAAGUUAGAGGUGCUGUCGCUGAAGCCACGAGUGGUUGUCAUCAGCGACUUCCUCUCCCUAUCGGAAGUACACUUCAUCCGAUCGGCAGCGCAGAAGGGAUUCGAGCGUGCAGGAAUUUAUUCCCCGACUGCCGUUGAGGGCAUGCCGAGCUGGAAACGAAUCGGCAAGGUGUCCUGGCUCUGGGAUUCCCACCACAACCUUCUGGAGCGCCUCACUCGGCGCAUAGAAGUCGCAACUGGUUUGUCGCUGGAAUCUGCCGAGGCGUAUCAGGUGGCCAACUACGGCCUCGGUGGACACUACACACCCCACAUGGACGCCCACAGGUUCGAUAAGGUGGCUGACCACGUGGACAGUAAGGAUGGCAACCGACUGGCCACCAUGCUCAUGUACCUCACAGACGUCGACGCGGGAGGCGCCACAGCGUUCGUCAAGCUGGGCAUCGCGGUGAAACCACGCGUCGGUGACGCCCUCUUCUGGUACGACGUGGAGCCAUAUGAUGGAAGCGAGUUUCCCGAUCAGCUUGCUUUCUGGCACCAGAAAAGGAAGGCGGAUGAGCUGACGACGCACGUUGGCUGUCCCGUUCUGUUGGGCUCCAAGUGGAUCGUGACCAAGUGGAUUCACGAGCGAAACAACAUCGUCGUGCACUACAACACGCCCGGCUGACGCCUAGUUACAUGCGCCUAGCAAAACCGCGAACCUCGUCUUGGGUCUGACUCAAUGAAUACAUACCUUUUUCAUUGUUUUUGAUAUUAC